CUGAUACGUGAUAGUCCCACAUCAUUCAACUUGAAAUAUCUCCAGCCCAACCUUCUUUCGAGAACUAAAAUAGCCAUAAUGAAAUUGUUUAUUGUGUUUUUUGCUGCUAUAGUAUUAACUGUGUCUGCUCAAAAUGCAGAACAAAGAAGGAUAAGAGCUAAGGAGUUAGCAGCAGUACGCAGGUUGCCGGCUGUAGAGUAUGAGGAAGUACACGAUAAGUACGGACAGUACGCACUGCGAUAUGUGACGGCUGAAGGAACUGUUGUAUCGGAACGAGGACGUCUGGUACCAAACAUUGAGGGAGACGGUUAUGUACUUAUUAUAGAGGGCGAGGUGUCCUACAUCAGUGACGAUGGAGAAGUAUAUGCCACUAAGUUUUCUGCCGGCCUCGAUGGAACCCACAUGGAAGGAAACCAUCUGCCCGCUGCUCCAGAAGCAAUCCAACCCGAAACAGAAGAUUAG